GCCGUUGUUUCGAGAGAGAUCCUUUCGUUGGAAAGGAUAGGCAAUAAAAAUAAACACGAUAACCUUAACCGGGAUCGCACUUUUGGAUUUUUUCCCACAAUGGAUUCCCAACAGCUCGUCGACACUGCGUCGCAGAACAGCCAGGACAUCGUCCUGCCGAAACCAGCGAGUAGUACGCCUAGGCACAGCAUCGACGCGAUCCUUGGACUGGCAAACAAUAAAAGGAGUCAUCAGGAAAUGGAGGAUAACGGUCGAGACGCGCAGGAAAACACAGGUGAGAACAGCUGCAACUCCACCGGCGGUGGCAGCGACGAGGAACUCGGGGCAGGCUGCGGGGACGAUUUGAACGGGAACAGCGGGAAGAAGAAGCAUCGCCGAAACAGGACGACCUUCACCACCUACCAGCUGCACGAGCUCGAGAGAGCCUUCGAGAAGUCUCAUUAUCCGGACGUGUACUCCAGGGAGGAGCUCGCUAUGAAAGUCAAUCUUCCGGAAGUGCGCGUCCAGGUGUGGUUUCAGAAUAGGCGGGCAAAAUGGCGCAGACAGGAGAAGAUGGAGGCAGCGAGACUCGGCCUCAGCGAGUAUCAUCAUCCCGGCAAUAUGAGAAACGUGGCCGGGCCGGCUCUUGGUCUGCCUGGAGAUCCUUGGCUCACUCCUCCUGGUCUGUUGAGCGCUCUUCCCGGCUUUCUCGCUGCACCUCACACGGGAUAUCCCAGUUAUCUAACCUCCCCGAGACGAUUGCCGUCGCCGCCCAACGUUGGGGCUGUUGGAAGCGCGGUACCAGGUGGGCUGAGCGCAGGGAUGACGAGCAUAGGGAGCGGAGGGCACGUCCCGGCGGCGCCACCGAGUCCGCCUGGUCACGACCCGCGCACAACGAGCAUCCAGGCUCUGAGAAUGCGGGCCAAGGAGCACGUCGAGAGCAUCACCAAAGGAUUGCAAAUGGUCUGAAGUUUAACGUACGACCCAGGAAGGCAGUAUCAACCCGACUACGGCCAAAUCGUGGCCACGCUCUUAACACCGCGGGCGUGACGAGAAGCGAAAACUACCACUCUCCCCUAGAACAACUAGAUCCUUCGAGAAACUGGAGAAAACACUGUAACGGGCAGACGGAUCGACAAACACGUUCCCUCGUCCCUCUUUCCGCGGCGUUUCUGGUGAAACGACUGGUGAACCGAUCGUUUCCAUCCCACCGUUGGAAGCACCGUUUUAUCGGUUAUCGAACACAACGUGACGAAGAGUACGAGGACGGGAUCUGGAAAGGGACGAUUAUUACGCGUUCGAUUAUUAAUUCCCAGUGGUAUAAUAAUGGAGAGAGGAGAGGAGAGGUUUAGUCUGGUUGGUUUAACUGAUUGACUAGAUCAAAUUUUGUUGUAUCGUUGGUUGACGAAGGGACGAAGGGAGGCGUGAUGCGUUCGUUCUCUUGUGACAGAAGAGACGGAAAGAAAGAAGAGAAAUUUGAAAUUCGCCCCUCGGUGGAAAAAAAAUCGAGAGUAAUCCCAGUUUCGGUUUUUGGGUGGUCAGUUUUUUCCGGUCGAACUAGUUCAGGAUAACAAUAGUGCAAUAAACGAGAAAGAGGAAGGGGGACAGAGACAUUUUUUCGUAGUGCGUUCGUACGGACGGAGGAGUAGCUGUAAGAUCCAAAGACGAUUCUUUCCGGUUAGAACUGCGAAGGAUAACUCCAUAACUUCCUGAACGAUACAGCUCAGUAAGUAAUAUAUUACGUAUAGUUUUAAACAAAAAGGUUUUAAAGGUUUCGCGAAAACCGACGUCCCGUCGAAAUCCUGUUAUUAUACGGAUAAAGAUUUUUAUUUUGCGCGUAUCGGCGAAGAAACGACCCGGAAAUGUUCAAACGACUCGGCCAGAGAGUUUUCGUGCGACGUGUGAAUUUUUCGUUAAGAGCCACACGAGUCGCGUUAAGAGUGGAGAGUGCACGGUGUGCUUUCGAAAUCGAAAUCGAAACGGACGGUCUUCAAAUUCGGAACACGAUUUUUAAUUAUAUCGUGUUCUAAAUUUAACGAACGAAGAAUUCGAAUCGAAAGAAUCGAAACGAACGUCUUCUCGAUCGUCAUAAUUUUUCAAUCGAGUUGCCACGUUACGAGUGAAAAGUUAAAAUCGAGGGGAAACGAGUCGAUCCGAAAUAUUUAAAAUCCUUUCAAUUUCUGUCACACUCUUAACACGAUCAACAACGCUGUCAUUGAGAUAUCGA